AUGUCACUGAAGCCAUUUACCUACCCAUGGCCUGAAACGAGGUUUCUGCAUGCAGGCAGGCUGGUGUACAAGUUCAAAAUCCGCUAUGGCAACUUCCCCAGCACUCCUGAGCUUGACAACCUUGACAGUGCUGCCAAGGAGCUGGAGGAAGCAAUUCGAGUGGUCCUUGGAAACCUCCAUGAUUUGCAUCCAUUUUCUACAGACCACUUCACUGUCUUCCCCUAUCUUAGGAAGUGGGAGAGAGUGUCCAAGAUGAGGUUUCAACAUGGGAGUGUGCAUCUGGUGCCAUAUCCAUACAUCUGCACCAUGUACCUGGAGCUGAACUCCUUCCAGCAGAAGCUCUCUGCUGGUAAGUCUCUUGCCAAGUUUGUGAUUGUUUUGAAUGUCAAGAGGAGAAGUGAACUGUUGGAAAGUCCUGCAGUGGGAGUGGUGGUGAAGAGGAGAAGAGUUGAAGUUGGAGCAGAGGCCUCAUACCCACAGCUGGGUCUGGACAGAGGUGGAGCUGAGGGUGUUCACCACAUGAGCACAGCAAAGCAUGGAUUCAAAGUGAGUGCCUCCAGAGAAGAGAAGUCUGGCUUGAAGCCAACACCCCCUGUUGUGGGCUGCACCCAAGGGAGGAGCUGGGGACCUGCAGAGUCUAACCUUGACCAAAGAGCAGCAGCUGGCCAGGCUGAGGGUGCAAGGCAGCUGCCCCAGCAAAGGGACCAAAUGGUGAACAAAGGGAAGCUGGAGUCAGCAGGGGGAGGUCUCUCCAAGUUCUGGAGAAGGAUCUUUUCACCACUGCAGCAGCUUUUUGCUGGCAAGAACUGA